AUGCCACCUAAACCCUUCAAUCCCCCACGCCCCUCCACCAAAGCAGGUCCCUCCAAACCCCGCGGACGUCCCAAAGGCUCAGCAUCAACCUCCAUAUCCGCCUCGAAAGCAAAAUCCACACCCAAAGACAAAGCCCCCGCCCCUAAGAAACCUCGCGUCUCCAAAACUCCAACUCCGCAAGUAGAAGACUCAGAAAUGGACGUUGAUGUUGAACAAGAAGGAGAAGAAAGUGACGAUCCAUUCGCCUCACAGCCUGUUACAUCUAAAUCUACAACCAAAUCCAAAUCAAAAGCCCCUACCGGCACAUCCAAGCCUUCAAACUCAGCCUCAAAAACAAAAGCAAAAGCAACCAACAACGAAAAUGACGAUAGCGAUCCACAGUCCUCUGCUUCAGAAGUUGAAAUACUAUCUCCCGACCAAACCACCUUCACCUCCACUUCCAAAUCCAAAUCCAAAUCCAAUCUCACAUCCAGCCGCACGCAUCCGCCUAAUCAACAAUCUCCCGAAGAAGCAGAAGACUCAGAAGACUCCGAUACCCGCGCAACUAUCCCUCCGGAUCUCCUCUCCAAAAUCAUACACGAAUUAUUUACAGAACAGAAUUCGCGGAUUUCAAAAGAGGCGAAUAAGACUGUGGGGAAGUAUAUGGAUGUAUUUGUGAGGGAAGCAGUUACGAGGAUUUGGGAUGCGGAUGGAAGGAGGGGGGGAUUUUGGGAGGUGGAAGAUUUAGAGAGAAUGGCACCGCAGUUAUUAUUGGAUUUUUGA